AGCGGGCCGGCCAUGGGGGGUUUGAAGGACGAGCUGCUCAAAGCCAUCUGGCACGCCUUCACUGCGCUCGACCUGGACCACAGCGGCAAGGUCUCCAAGUCCCAGCUCAAGGUUCUUUCCCAUAACCUGUGCACGGUCCUGAAGGUUCCACACGACCCCAUUGCCCUUGAAGAGCACUUCAGGGAUGAUGACGAGGGGCCUGUCUCCAAUCAGGGCUACAUGCCGUAUUUAAACAAGUUCAUUUUGGAAAAGGUCCAAGACAACUUUGACAAGAUUGAAUUCAAUAGGAUGUGUUGGACCCUGUGUGUCAAAAAAAACCUCACCAAGAGUCCCCUGCUCAUUACAGAAGAAGAUGCAUUUAAACUAUGGGUUAUUUUCAACUUUUUAUCUGAAGACAAGUAUCCAUUAAUUAUUGUGCCGGAAGAGAUUGAAUACCUGCUUAAGAAACUUACAGAAGCUAUGGGAGGAGGUUGGCAGCAAGAACAAUUUGAACAUUACAGAGUCAACUUUGAUGACAAUAAAGAUGGCCUUUCUGCGUGGGAACUCAUUGAGCUUAUUGGAAAUGGACAGUUUAGCAAAGGCAUGGAUCGGCAGACAGUGUCUAUGGCAAUCAAUGAAGUCUUUAAUGAGCUUAUAUUAGAUGUGUUGAAACAGGGUUACAUGAUGAAAAAAGGCCAUAGACGGAAAAACUGGACUGAGCGCUGGUUUGUACUAAAACCCAACGUAAUCUCUUAUUAUGUGAGUGAGGAUCUGAAAGAUAAGAAAGGAGACAUUCUUCUGGAUGAAAACUGCUGUGUGGAGUCUUUGCCUGACAGAGAUGGGAAGAAAUGCCUUUUUCUCAUAAAAUGUUUUGAUAAGACCUUUGAAAUCAGUGCUUCAGAUAAGAAGAAGAAACAGGAGUGGAUUCAGGCCAUUUAUUCUACUCUCCAUCUGUUGAAGCUGGGAAGCUCACCGCCUCACAAAGAAGCUCGCCAGCGUCGGAAGGAACUCCGCAAGAAGCUGCUGGCUGAGCAGGUGGAGCUGGAGCGGCAGAUGAAAGAGCUCCAGGCCGCCAACGAGAACAAGCAACAGGAGCUGGAGACCGUGAGGAAGAAACUGGAAGAAGCUGCAUCUCGUGCUGCAGAGGAGGAAAAGAAACGCCUUGAGACUCAAGUGGAACUGCAGGCCAGGUUCAGCUCAGAGCUGGAGCGGGAGAAGCUGAUCAGGCAGCAGAUGGAAGAACAGGUUGCCCAAAAGUCCUCUGAACUGGAGCAGUAUUUGCAGCGAGUCCGGGAGCUGGAAGACAUGUACCUAAAGCUGCAGGAGGCCCUUGAGGACGAGAGGCAGGCCCGGCAAGAUGAAGAGAUGGUGCGGAAGCUUCAGGCCAGGUUGUUGGAGGAAGAGUCUUCCAAGAGGGCUGAGCUGGAGAAGUGGCACUUGGAGCAGCAGCAGGCCAUUCAGACCACAGAGGCGGAGAAGCAGGAGCUAGAGACGCAGCGCUUGCAGAAGGAGCGUGCCCUGCAGGAGGCCAUGGAGCAGCUGGCGCAGCUGGAGGAGGAACGCAGGCAGGCGCUGGAGCAGUAUGAGGGAGUGAAAAAGAAGCUGGAGAUGGCAGCUAUUAAGACCAAGAGCUGGAAGGACAGAGUGGCCCAGCACGAAGGAUUGAUUCGGUUGAUAGAACCAGGUUCAAAGAACCCUCACCUGAUCACCAACUGGGGGCCUGCAGCCUUCACCCAGGCCGAACUGGAAGAGAGAGAGAAGAACUGGAAAGGGAAGAAGACCACAGAGUGACAGUGGUGGCCAUGACUGGGGGCUUUAUGUUGGGGACCAUGGCUUUGCUGCUUCUAGCUCUUCUUCCCAGGCCUCUGAUUGGCCAGAAUCCUCGGGAGACCCUCCUGUUUAUCUUCCCACCAAUAAGGGCCGGCCUGGACAGAACACAGCAUCAGUAACGCCCAGCUCCUUAUUCGCUCUUGCUUGACAAUUUCAGCUUUUGAAAAUGACUGCUAGUCCUUUCAGGUUCUCGUCUGAACGGGGCAGUGCCCAGACAGCUUGGUCACUCCGUGGCUAUAGUGCAUGGAGGGCCACAGGCUGUGGGCACUGGUCCCUGGGUGGGCAGGGCCUCUGUGGCGGGGCAGCAUCUUUCUGCUCCAGCAGCACCCGUCCUUGCUUUCCCCCGGAUUGGCCAGGAUGCUCGCCAGCUGUGCCAGGGACUGGAAUGCCUCUGACCUCUGCUGCCCUGAAGGAGAAGUCACGAGCCACUGCCAUUUCCUGCCACCUUUCUGGAGUGUGGCUUCACAGUGGGUUUUUUGGCUGCUGCUAAGCUCUUUCCUUCCCUGACCUGGAUAUGCCUGGCUUCCUCAUCUCCUCCCCCCUCACCACGAAGGAAAACACCCCCUUGGCCAGACUCACCCUCCUUCUCCUGCAGGCUCGCUCUCGUACUUUCGCUUGCGCGCUCUCUCUCUCUCUCUCUCUCUCUCUCAUGGUGUGCUACCACAUACGUGCCAGGCUGUGAGGUGUAAUGCUGAAUAGCAGAGAGAAGUUAACUUGAAAUAAAAAUGGUCUGGGAGAUACAGAAAGCAGAUUAUAUGCACGCAGGUGACGAGGAACUGUGUCCAGCGGUUAGAUUCUAAACAUCACAGUGAAGGUGGCGUGUGUUACGUUGCCCAGCCGUGACGUCAGCCCUCAUCAGGUGGGCCUCUUUCCUGUUUCCUCCGCUCCUCUAUGGGCGACGGUGGAGGAAAUACCCAAUAACAGUUGGAAAUGCCUAAUAAAAAUCAGUGGAGCGGAAAUUGGGGUCAUGGUUUCUGUGCAUUGGACUGGACAGGAGCAUCGAGGGAGGUGUCAUAUACAAGCUGUCCUUGGGCUCAGGGCAGUGUUCAUGCCGCCAGGCCUUCCAGCACGAGGUGUAAGUACCAGGCAACAGAGCCCCACCUACAGCAAUGGCGCUUACGACUAUAAAUGAGCACGGGGGUAACUGAGUUGUGCAAAAGGGACAGAGGUCAGUGGGAUGGUUAAGGUCCUUCCUGUCUACACAGAUUAAAUGAGGACAGAGACCCGCACAUGCUCCUACUCUAGGGCCUGCACAGAAGUAGCAGAGAAGCUAGUUCAAAGAGACAUUCGUGGGACCAUUAGAUGGUGUAAUGGUUAUGUCACUGGACUUCCAAGUAGUCGACCGUGGUUCGAGUCCCAGACCUAGUGGCUUAAAAAACUCAAGCUGGGCACAUGUGUGUGCCCAAGAUCCUGAGAAGAGAGUG